AUCUACAAAUUGACGCUAUCGUUGUUCAGGUCGCCACGUUUUAUAGCAGCCUUCAAGUCGCUAUAUCUCGGAGUUGGUAUUGUAACCUUAAUUUAAAACCCAAACAAGUCCAGUGUUUAGAAGCGAUGUAUUCGGGCAGAGAUGUUGUGGCCGUUUUACCGACGGGAUACGAUAAGCUGAACAUUUACAGCUGGACACGACGAUUGCCGUCUCAGGCUUAGAUUUCAAGAUGGCAGAGGUCGCGAACGAAUGCAAGAGCGAAAACUUAAAGCGAAAACGGAAACACAGCCGGAACCCGCAUUCAAAGGAUUGGAAUAAAAGGAGGAAACUCGAACCCAGCAAAAGAAACCGAGAUGCGAAGAAAACUCGGAUUAUCCAGCCUCAAUUGCCACAAACUGCCACAGAAAUAUCGUCCAACUGGAAGGCUUUACAUGCGUUGCUUGAGAAAGAGAAAAACACUAAGGAAACCACAGGAGAUCUAAAACAAAGACACAAGAAGAUGUUUAAAAGAACUCUGAAGCCAAAACCUAAAUUGGAUAACAUCGCAAGUUCAAAGGAAGUUUGGUUUGAUGAUGUGGAUCCAGAAGAUCUUGAGGAAAUUACUGGGAAAAAAACAAAGACUGAAACUGGAGAUGCAAAUGAUAUGCUAGUUACUGGCAGUCUGGAAGGGAUAACAAAAAGGAUUGCACUAGACUGUGAAAUGGUAGGAGUUGGGUCUGAUGCCAAGAGGCACAUGUUGGCACGAGUGUCCAUUGUUAACUCUCAUGGUCAUGUGGUGUAUGACUCAUUUGUUGCACCACAGGAGAAAGUGGUGGAUUAUCGCACUCAUGUCAGUGGAAUUAGAUCUGAGAACUUGAAAAAUGCUCCAGAAUUCAAGACCGUUCAACUUGAAGUUUCAAAAAUUCUUAAGGAGAAAAUCCUAGUGGGACAUUCCUUGAAGAAUGACCUUGAGGUGCUGCUUCUUGAUCAUCCACGAAAAAAUAUACGAGAUACUGCUAAGUAUAAACCAUUCCAAAAAAUUGUUAAGACAAAAACCCCUUCACUUAAGAAACUUGCUAAGCAGUUACUGAAUAUCAGCAUUCAAGAAGGAGAACAUUCUUCUGUACAAGACGCGCAGGUAGCCAUGAAGCUUUACACUUUGCACAGAAAACAGUGGGAAAGACAAUUGCAUGAAGCUAGAGUAAAGCCAUCUAAGAAUGCACUUGUAAAUAAACUUGUUACUACAAGUCAUGAUAGAUAACAGAGCUACAAACAUGGUAAAACAGCAGUUCAUCAUGGGAUUGAUUGCUCAAUGGAAGCCACAGUGUCACCAAGUAACCUGAACCUCAUCAAGGUCAUUUUAUACUGGCGGAGGAGUAGUGCUGUUUUAGUGAAUUCAUUGAGUUUAUUCCUUGCAAGAUUAUUUUCAAGAAGUAUUCUAAAGGUGUCAGAAACUGGUUUUUGGGCACAGCAAGGUAUAACAAGAACCUCAGUUAUUUUAUUUGGAGGAGGAAGUGUGACCAAAACAUUCCAAGUGUCCUAAAGAGAAGUGUAGCUGUCUAUUUUACAAUAAGAUAGUCAAAGGUUGUUGAUCAUAAACUAGGGCACCAUUGACGAUCAAAACCAAAUUGUCUACACUUAAAGUAAGGAUUUCAAAUACAUUUGGAAAUAACCUUUUACAAUCUUAUAUGAUACAACACAGAACUAAUGCAAUGGUAACAUAGCAAAGUUUUAUUGUGUAUACAGUUUAAUUUUGUACUGAAUAGUUAGUAGAGCAGUUCAAAUUAAACUGUAAAUUUAAGCAAACUAAGAAAAAUGAAUUCAAAACAGAAUUCUACCAAAAAUAUUUAAUAACAUUUAACUCUAAGUAAAUAUCAGGGUAAAAAGCAAGGAAGGAUGGUCUGCUAUCUCUGAUAUUUUAUGUGUUAGAGUUGCCUGAUUACAAUGGGAGAUUGGGAGUACAAGUAAAGAAAUUACCCCAAUAGGUAAACAGUAGGGAAAAGAAUCCUUUAAAAGAACAGGUGUCAGGCUUGGACAGGUGACUAGUUAGAUGCUUGUGGUUGGAAGUGGUGCUUGGCUAGUAUUUGUGAGGUAGGGGUUUCUUUUCAGCAUUUUUUUUUUUGAACCUCAGUUGCAAGGAUCAUUCAUCUCUGUACUUGUGUAUAAUGUGUCACAGCUCCAACAUCCUCCCUGGGCAACCCUAUAGGCAUUUGAACUUUUUGAAGAUUGGUUUGUUCAAAUGCCAGCACCCCCAGGCCUUACCCAAGUGCAGAAUUUAAUGAUCACUGUUUUUUUUUGUGUCAAAAGGAAAAAUCAGGUACGGUGACUUUGUACUCAUUGAGCAGCAAAUGAUUUGACUAUCCAAGUUUUAAACUACACCUGGUGGACCUAUUCUUCUGAGCCAUCAGCUCGUGAAAGAGAGCUCUUUACCAACCUACAUGUUACAAAAAGAUAAACUCGCAUGUUCCACAGGAAAUGACUGGACAGUUCCCGUUAAAAUUCCCAACCCACCAUGGCAGGGUUGGAAUCCUCCAUCCCAAGGGCACAGACGACUGUUAAAUGCCCAUGGUUUUCCCAGUGGAAUGGGGGAUGUUGAAACUUCAAUUGUUUGGUUUGUAACCUGUAGGGAGGAAGAUGACUUUUUUCAUUAUAAAAUUGCGGGAACUAUUUCUAUUUAACUUUUUUCCGUUUUCGCCCCUUGUUGGUUUGUUUGUUUGUAAAGAGGCAUGAAUAGAAGUACGAUAAGAGGUACUUGCGUGAUCGCGUGACGCUUGGGAUCUUGUCUAGUUGCUGGUCACGAAAUGUUCCCCUUCCAGCCACAUGCUUCAAAGAGCUCAAUAGACACCGCGUGACACGUAACGUGAAAACAAAGCCAAUUUUAGGGGUAGAUUCGUGUGAGAUUUUUCGCGAACUUACUGUUCGCAGACAAAACUGACGGUGGUUGCUUUUCAGCGAAGAGUUGAUCUCUCCACCAAGUGAACCUUCUGCAACCGUUACUCUUUCGCUGUUGAAUUCCUGAAUAUAUUUUACAAGUUCCGCUUAAUCGCAGAACGAUUCAAGUUGAGGUAUGCUCUGAGAACGUUAGUAUCUUUGAGCUUAUGUCGGGAAGUUUUGUUUGGCGAUCAAAUGCAAACUGCAGCGCUUGAAAAAUCUGUUGAAUUCGUAAUAAGUCGUAAUAGAUUGCACGGUAAGAUAGGAAAUGGAAAGACGCGACCUGUCAUGGCGGCUUGGUCGGGAUGAAAUAAACAGAAAGUUGAGUUUACUUGUACUAACUUUUCUCAGUACAUUUCAAAGUAACUAGUGUAUUUUUUUAGUGUACAGUCAG